AUAAUAGGACUCCUAGGAGUGCCGAGACCAUAAUAACUAACUAAUUAAUGACAUGGCAACGUAAUUAAAUGAGUCAAUAUGUAUAUCCGAAGAUUGGGAUAGACAUUCUCAACAAUCAUGACAUUUUGUAUUCGCAUGCGGCAUAGUUUAUGAGAAAACGUCUUGACCUGUGAAGGAAAUAAAGUACACCUAACUUACAAUAAUAAUGGGUCAACACUGGCUGUCCACUGCCUCUAUUACGCUGAUACUGUGUGUGGUGUCACUAUCUGGAAUUUUGGGAAAUCACCGUGAGGAAGAGCGCCAUCCCGUCUAUACCCGCGAUUUCGCCGUUGAGUUGGAAGAUGAUGGAGAUGAGACGAUAGCUGAUCUUGUAGCCGGCGCGUAUGGAUUUACCGUCGUGAAAAGGCUUGUCAACUUGGGUAACGUGUAUUACUUCCAACAUGAUGAUGUCCCACACAGAUCAAAGAGAAGUGCAAUUGAUCUCGUGGAUGCUUUACUCAAAGAUCCAAAUGUGAAGAAUGCUGAGCAGCAGAGGCUCUUGAUCAGGAAGAAGCGUGAACUGCUCUCCAAUUCCGACGGUCUCCUUGACAUCCUCGGGAAAGACACUGAUCAUCAUUCAGAGGAUGAAAUCAAGAAGCGCAUUCUGGCAGAACUGAAAAAAUUUGAGAAACGCUUCCCAACAGAAGAUAAAAGAAGUGGAGACGUUGAAUCUGAUGUUUUAGAGGAGAGGUCGGAAGAUAGUGGCACCGCUAUGUAUAAUGAUCCCCUGUUCCCUAAUCAGUGGUACUUGCAGGAGGAUAGGAGGAGUCGAAGAUCUGUGAAAAACCUCGAUCUUAACCUUGGAGUCGUAUGGCAACAGAACAUAACAGGAAAUGGUGUCGUUGUGACAGUGAUGGAUGAUGGCCUGCAGUAUACUCAUCCAGACCUGAAGAAAAAUUAUGACCCCAAAGCAAGUGCUGAUCUGAAUGAUCCAACGGAUAAAGAAGGUGAUCCAAUGCCCAAUACAAAGGUCUGGGGAAAUGACCAUGGUACAAAAUGUGCAGGGGAAAUAGCUGCAGAAGCGAACAAUAGCGUGUGUGGAAUUGGCGUGGCAUAUAAUUGUAAAAUAGGAGGUAUCCGUAUGUUAGACGGAAAGAUCACAGAUAUUUUGGAAUCAGAUGCCAUCUCAUUUGGUAUUGGAUACAUUGACGUUUACAGUGCAUCAUGGGGGCCAUCAGAUACAGGAAAGUUGAUGGUAGCACCUGGACGCUAUUGUCAAAAAGCCCUGGAAGCAGGAAUCACAAAGGGUCGCAAUGGUCUUGGCAACAUCUAUGUUUGGGCAACAGGCAAUGGCGGUAUGAAUGAAGAUAACUGCAACUGUGAUGGCUAUGUCUCUAGUAUUUACACGGUAUCCAUUGGCUCGGUCACAAUGGACGGGCUGUCGACCUACUACAGCGAAGUCUGUGCCUCGACCCUCGCAGUGGUCUUCACUGGGGGACCUCAUACCACAUCGGGGAUUCGGCAGUUCACCGACUCACCCCAUGCUGUGGUUACGACUGGCAUCAAUGGAGGGUGCACAACUCAGUUCGUUGGAACAUCCGGUGCAGCUCCUCUAGGUGCUGGCUGUGUGGCACUGGUAUUAGAAGCAAACCCCAAAGUGUCAUGGCGUGACGUCCAGCACAUAAUCACAGAAUCAUGUAGGAUUCCGAAUGGAGAAGAGAUGGUGUGGACCAUUAACGGAGCUGGCAAGCAUGUCAGUCACGAGUUUGGUUUUGGUAUGAUGGACUGUGGUAGGAUGGUGGAGCUGGCUCAGAACUGGACUAACGUUGGUCCACAGCAUACGUGCUUGGUGCAGGAUGCCAAUGUUAUGAAGGUUAUUCCAAGCAAGGGAACCGUUAACAUGACUCUGAGGACAGACGGAUGUUCCGAUGACAAGUUAGAGCACGUCGACAAGUUAGAGCACGUUGAAGCUAUCAUAAAACUCAACCACACCUAUCGCGGCGACGUCAAGUUAGUCUUGAUCUCUCCUGCGGGUACGCACUCGACGAUACUGCAGGUUCGAAGGUACGAUGAUGAAGAUGAUGGUAUUAACUUCAAGUUCAUGUCGGUCCAUUUCUGGGGGGAGGAUCCAAGUGGAAUGUGGACAUUAACGGUGACCGACAAGCCACAUAGUUUGUUGCGAAAUAACCAUGGAAAGAUUUAUCACUUCUCAUUAAUUUUGUAUGGGACGUCGGCACAAGACUUGAAAAAUACAAAUUUGAAUUUGAAGAAACGCGACGCCACAGCGCGCAAAGCAGAUCGCGUGGAUAUGGACAAUAUUAUGCUUCAAGAAAAGCGCACUACUAAUAAUGUGCGGAUAAAAAGAAUUGUACAAAAUUCUGAUUCAAAAGAUAUAGUCCCCGAGGAAAUAGAAUCUGUUGGGACUUUGAAAAAAAGUCCUGAUAAGUAUUCUCACACUGACCUAGUCAGAAAGAUUUUGAGCAGUAUUGAGGGUGGAAUUCGUGAAGGUCAUGACAAAAAAGGUCUCGUGAGUGAAGAAGGUGGGUAUCUUUCUCCUGAGAAAAAGGAGCUGAAGCCGCUUUCGAGUAGCGACAUUGCAGAGUCGGACUAUCAUGAACAAGCUAUUCGGGUCAAAAAGGCAAAAUUGUUGGAAGCACUUCACACGAAUGGCUACACAAAAGAGGAUCUUCUACGUGCUAUAGAAGCACUUUUAGUCAAAGUUCAAAAAAAAAUUAACGAAAAGACUUACUCAGUUCAAGUUGAUGGUGACAACAUUGUUUCUAGUCAAAGUACAGCACAACCAAGUGCUGUGGAUUCUGGUUCAACAGAACCUAGUGUUGAUGUUAAAGGUGAUGAAAAACUCCAUGUUAACUCUGAUGUUAACAAUGGUGUUAAAUCUGAUGUUAAUGGUGAAGACUCUGAUUUAGCUGGUAGUAUCGAGGCUAUCAUUGAUGGUAUCAAGCCUACUGCUUCAUCUUUGAGUGAUACUACCACAGAAAAUAAAAAAGGUGAUAAUAGGGGUACUACUGCUGGACCUAGUCUCGAUUUGAUAAAAGAACAUCUCAUACAAGAUCUUAGAAAGAUGUUGGAAGAAUGGCAUGGAGAAACAAAACCAUCUGAAUGACAUCUUGAAAUAGGAUUUCAGCUGAAUUGUGAUAGGAUAUAUCAAUACCCAAUAUCAAUAUCAAUAAUUCUAACAUAUCUCUUUGAAGUAUUGCACAUUUUCCUUUGUUUGAUUCUAACAUUUACAUUUACUUUUAAAUCUGGUGUAUUUAUAUGUGACCCGGCAUGGUAAAAUGAGUCGCAUGUCGCACAGAAGAUGAGCCUAAAAUGACACCAGGACAUAAUAGAAGAUAUUGAUGUACUCAGAUUUCACAAAAGGCAGACAAUAGUGAAAUGAACAACCAGUCCGUCUCAACCUGUCAAGCUCGGAGUGACAUGCGACUCAUGCCGGGUCUCUUAUGGCUGGUUAUUUUAGCCAAUUUGAAAUUUCCCAAAACAAUAAUUGAUUGAUACUUAUUUUGCGGUUUUUGGGACUAGAGUUUCUACAAUGGACUCCAUUAUCGAUACUCUGACAUUGUGAUGUUGUAUUGUGACGGACACGUUCGUCCCAAGUUUGAUUGACUUCUACUACAAGGAGACUCAUUGGAACCUUUGUGUUGUGGCUUCAAAGCCUGAGAUAAAAACUACUGUGAUAUGCCUGGGUAAUCAAAACACACUCUUGUAGAAUUAAAAAUAAAACCUGUACCCUUGACUUGUUGAGUGGAAAUUGUGUCAUCCACAAUUCCAAAUCUGCAAUAUAGCUGCACCUUAAUUCACUACCAAGUAUUUUAUGCACAGCUUGAUACAUGUAUCACCUGACGAUCCAUACUUUUGAUAUUUUUGGUUCUCUGCUUUUAAAAUUGGAUCUGUUUCGUGGACACUAUGGACAUGUACAGUGGAACCUCCCUUAGCGGACACCUCUCUAUUAAGAACACCCUCUCUCUUAAGGACAGUGCAUUAGGUCCCAAAGUGGUUGUUUCCAUUGAAAUGAACCUCUGUAAUCAGGACACCUCUCAAUAUAUGACAGCAUUUGUCAGUCCCAAAGGUGUCCGUAAUAGAGAGGUGUUGUGACAGCAUAUCAAUUUUCCUAUGUGCAACCCAGCUCUGGGUUUUCUCGAAAAUGCAUUUGGACUCUCGGAGAAGGGAGUGGUACAGGGAAAGGCUAACUCUGACAAAAGACUAAAUUACAAAUUGUUU